AUGGGAAGACUAGUUUACGUUCGCGAGGAUCGAGAGGCUGAACCGAGAUUCACAGGCCCACCUACAUCCGGUCGCGGCGUCCACGAUGGAGGACCUGGCCGUGGCGGCUUCGGUGGUGGGUUUGGCGGUGCGAUGGGUGGUCCAAUGAGUGGCUCAGCUGGAGGCUGUCGCCAGAUCUACGUAUCGAACCUCCCAUAUGCAGUUGGAUGGCAAGACCUCAAAGAUCUAUUUCGACAAGCCGCCCGGAACGGUGCCGUUGCUCGUGCUGAUGUCCACGUCGGGCCUGAUGGGCGACCAAAAGGCUCAGGAAUUGUAGCUUUCGAAUCCGCAGAUGAUGCACGUAACGCAAUACAGCAAUUUAAUGGAUAUGACUGGCAAGGUCGCCCACUAGAAGUUCGAGAAGAUCGCUUUGCUACCUCUGGCCCAGGAUUCGGUGGUCGCGGAGGCUAUGGUGGUCGUGGAGGAUUUGGAGUUCGCGGCGGUGGAUUCGGCAUGCGCGGUGGUUAUGGAAACGGUGGAUAUGGUGGCCGUGGUGGCUACAGCGGGUUCGGUGGACCUCCAGGUGGUUUCGACUCAGGAUCUGGGUUAGUGCCUGCAGUGCCGAACCCUUUCACCGACUAUGCUACAGCUGGCACUGAAAGGGGAGAUACUAUCUACGUUCGAAAUCUCCCGUGGUCAACGUCCAACGAGGAUUUAGUGGAGCUCUUUACUACCAUCGGAAAAGUAGAGCAAGCUGAGAUACAGUACGAACCCAAUGGAAGAUCCCGAGGGACUGGUGUAGUCAGAUUUGACGUUGUGGAGAAUGCCGAAAUCGCCAUCGAAAAGUUCUCCGGAUACCAAUAUGGAGGCCGACCUCUUGGGCUGAGUUUCGUCAAAUACCAGACACCAGGUGGUGGGGGUGAUGCAAUGGAGACCGAGGCCACCAGUCUGACGCAGGAUCAGAUCAUGUAA